UGUCUGUUGUCAGCGGACGGAGAGGGAGGAAAGAACAUGGCGGCUGCGAGCGACCUGAAGCGGGGCGCCGGGCGUUCGUUUUGAGCUUUCUCUCGUUAACCGAGACCGGGGCUCCGCGGGACUAGUGCAUCCGUACCUACGAGGGAUCAACUUUGUGGUGGUGCCCGAAAUUCCGGGUUUGCUGCGUGUAAACUGCAGGCAAUACGCGAAACUGAAGAGAAUAGAUUUUUAUCCAUAAUGAGGGGGAGACGAGGCAGGCCGCCCAAAGCCCAGCUGGUGCAGGAGCCCUCAACGGGGCCGGUGCGCGGGCUGAGACCCCGCCGGAGCUUGAAACCGAAGGUGAAAGGGGGCUCGGAUGAGGAUUAUGUCACUCCGAAACGAGGGACCCAUCACCAUUCAACACGAGGCCGGAGAAAAGCGCGAUCCGCGGCAUCAUCGAGAGGCAGAGGAAGAGGCAGGGGGACGGCCAGAGGCAGGGGGCGGCGGAGCACCGCGAGCGGGGUGGUUUACGACGACCACGAGAGCGAUGAGGACGACGAAGAUGCGGUCAGUUUGAGAUCGGAGGAGGACGAAUACAUCGAGGAGCCUCCGACGGACGAAGAGGAGGAAGAAGAAGAGGAGGAGGCCAUCAACGACGAGUCCGACUACCUGGAGGAACUGGACGAAUUGGAUGAAGACGAUGCGAGUUACUGCACAGAGAGCAGCCACGGCAGCAACACAGUAGGUCGUAAAAGGCCAAGACCAAGGAGGCCACCUUCUCCUAUCCUGGAGCAGAAGGAGAUUCCUCUACUUGAGCUGCCCAACUCCUCCGAGGACCUUCUUCUUCCCAAUGAGCAGCUUCUCAACGCAUUAGCUAUUUACGAGGUCCUUCGCAGUUUCUGCACCGUCCUACGUCUCUCUCCAUUCCGUUUCGAGGACUUCUGUGCUGCUCUGGUCGGACAGGAGCAGUGCACACUGAUGGCGGAGACGCACAUCUGUCUCCUGAAGGCCAUCUUGCGAGAGGAAGACACCUCCAACACCACUUUUGGACCUGCUGACCUCAAGGACAGCGUCAACUCCACGCUGUACUUCAUCGAUGGCAUGACCUGGCCAGAAGUGGUUCGUUCAUACUGCGAAAGCGACCCAGAGUAUCACCACGUGCUCCCGGACCUAGAGGGGGAAGACUAUCCGUUCAGCCCUUUGGAGAGCAAAAUAAAGGUCUUGCAGUUCCUAGUGGACCAAUUCCUCACCACCAACCUGGCCCGUGAGGAGCUGAUGUCUGAGGGUGUCAUUCAGUACGACGAUCACUGUCGGGUUUGUCACAGACUCGGAGACCUGCUGUGCUGUGAGACCUGCUCAGCUGUGUAUCAUCUGGAGUGUGUGAAGCCGCCGCUGGAGGAGGUGCCUGAGGACGAAUGGCAGUGCGAGAUUUGUGUGGCACAUAAAGUGCCCGGCGUCACAGACUGUCUGACAGAGUUCCAGAAGAGCCGGCCGUACAUCAGGCAGGAGCCCAUCGGUUUCGACCGGCAUCAAAGGAAAUACUGGUUUCUCAACAGGAGGGUUGUUGUAGAGGAGGACGGAGAGGAUGACAGCAAGCAGAUCUGGUACUACAGCACUAAAGUCCAGCUGGGAGAGCUACUGGAGCUCCUGGAUAAAGGAUUCUGGGAGAAUGACCUGUGCUCUGUGCUGGAGGAGAUGAGAGAGGAGAUCCACGCUCACAUGGACAUCACAGAGGAGCUCACUAACAAGGCCCGCGGGAACAACAAGGCAUAUCUCACUGUUGCCAACGAUGUGAUCCUGGACCGUCUGAAGACCAAGCAGGAAGCUGAGCUUGAGGAGGUAAAGCGGCAGGCAGCGGAAGAGGCUGAGAGGGCCAAACUAGAGCCGAAAACUCUAUCUGGUGAACCAACUUCAGCCGAUCAGAUGAGCUCAAAUGGUUCAUGUCCACAACAAGACUCCAGUAAUGGGAAUGCACAGAAUGAGCAAAUGUCUGCAGAUGCUUCAGUCUCUGCUGUCCCAGUUGGUGAGGUGCUCAGUUCCAGUGUUCCUGAGAUUGUGGCAUCAUCCAGCUCCACCGCACAGACAAAACCGGACUCCCAGAGUCCCAUAGGAAAUGCUGUGACAUCGUCUUCCAGCGGUGAGGAGAAAGGGGAAGGGACUGAUGGGGUGGAGGAGUUGACAGGUAAGAGCUCUGAGGGUGCCUGUCAUGGGGAAGGGGAUUCUGUACUGGAGGCUGAGCUAGCGCAGACGGCAGAUGAGAACAGCUGCAGCAGUCAUUUCUCCAUCUCUGAAUGCCUACGGGGUCCAGAUGAGCCUGAUCUGGUGGAUCGAUCCUCUCAGUCUUCUCUCAACAGCCAAGAUGACACAGGUGAUGGCAAAGCUAAUGGAGACGGCACAAAGACAGCAUCUUCACGCAUGAUUACACGACUCCGGAAUCCUGAAAGCAAGCUAAGCCAACGCAAGGUCAUGCAGGACAAAGAUGGCAGCUCUCAGGAUGGUAGCAGAGCACUUAAAGAGACUCCUCCACUGUCGUCCUUUGGCACCUUUAAGAGAGAUUCAAGCAAGAGCAGUGGCUUUUUCAAACUGGGCCAGGAGGGCAAGUUUCGAGUCUACCACAACCAGUACAGCACUAACACACUUGCACUGAACAAGCAUCAGCAUCGAGAGGACCAUGACAAACGCAGACAUCUCUCCCACAAGUUCUGCAUGACCCCAGCUGGUGAAUUCAAGUGGAACGGAUCACUGUAUGGCUCAAAAGCUCUGACUGUAUCUACUCUGAGAUUAACCAUCAUCCAGCUGGAAAACAAUAUUCCUGCUCCAUUCUUGCAUCCCAAUUGGGCAUCACACAGGUCAAACUGGAUAAAAGCUGUCCAAAUGUGCAGCAAGGCAAGAGAGUUUGCUUUAGCUUUGGCCAUUCUGGAGUGUGCAAUCAAACCGGUGGUAAUGCUACCUGUAUGGAAGGAUUCUUUAGGGCACACAAGGCUUCAUCGUAUGACCUCUGUGGAGCGGGAAGAGAAAGAGAAGGUGAAAAAGAGAGAGAAAAAGCUAGAGGAUGAAGAGACAAUGCAGCAGGCCACAUGGGUGAAGUACACUUUCCCCAUCAAACACCAGGUGUGGAAACAGAAAGGUGAGGAGUACAGAGUAACUGGGUAUGGAGGCUGGAGCUGGGUUAGUAAGACACACGUCCAUCGAUUUUUCACAAAACUUCCAGGAAACACCAACGUCAAUUACCGGAAGGCACUUGAGGCAGCUAAAACUGGAAUGGACAAUCAGGCAGCUCUCUCAGGAGCACCAAAAACUGUGGUUAAAACAAAUGAAAUGUCAUCUCAAAAUGUGCCUGAUAAGGAUAAUGUCCAGGAACCAUCUCUGGAUUCUUCUGAAGAAAAGCUAUCAGUGGAAAAAGAUCAUGUGUUAAAAGUUGAAGAACAAGAUGAAGAAAAAAUGAAUGAAAGAACUGAAGAGAAAUGUAAUGAGAAAAACGAAUCUGUGGAAGAAAUGGACACCAGCACUGCUAACUCUGCAAAUGAGGGAAAAGUUGAAAUCACCAACGCCUCAACCGAUGACUCUACUAUGAAAGCAGAGCCUUUGGAUAGUGAGGUGGCGAAGGAAAACACUUUGAAUCAACCCCAGCAAUGCUUCUGGCAUGAUGUUGUAAAUGUUAGUGAAGGCUUUUUGCAACGCACAGCAUACAAGAAAUUGAAGGCAUCAAAACUUGAUGGCCUUUUGGAGAGGCGGGUCAAACAGUUCACAAUAGAAGAGAAGCAGAGGAUUGAUAAACUCAAGCAGGCACCUACUUCUAAACCCUCGACUGAAAUGGCAGUGGAAAACAAAGAGACAACCUUAGCUGCUCAAGACCAUAAGGUCAAGAUUGAAGGAACUAUCUCUGAAACUCCUAAGGCUAGACAGACUGAGGGAGUAGCGUGUCUUGCGAUCCAAGAAAAAGACAAUGUAGUCAAGCGGCUCGUUUUUAACCAAGAGGAUGAACCGGCAAAGACAAACACUUCAGGACAGAAGAACAUUCUGGAUGUCAGAUUAAAUGAUUAUGUUGAAUUGGCCCCAAAAGAAAAUCAGCAGAAGUUGCCAGAAACCGAUCCCAAGACCGCCAGUAGGGUCGCAAUGUCUGAGCUUAAUGGAAACUCUCAAAGUCUGGAUCAAAGUCUCACCUUAAAUGCUAAGCCUGAUAAAAACAUUACAGAAGCUACAUGUCCACCUGAAGACUCUGAGGGAAAGGACAACAUUGAAAACAGUGAGAAUGAUCUAGACGUAAAGAAAACUGUGCCUGUGCAAGUAAACGGGAAGGAUGUUACUGUUGACCCAGAAUGUAAAAAUUUGACUGAUAAUGGUGACACAAAGGAGUUAACUAAUACCGUUGUAGAGGAUAUCAAAGCAAUAUCACCAAAGGAACCAGUAAAGUCACUAAUGAAUGGUGACGCCACUCAAGAGUGUCUUAAAGAAUGGACUAAUAGCGCGAUUCCUCAGGUGAAUUUGGAUGAGGAGAAAGGAGUUACUAAGCUUGACCCUGAUUAUCCACCACCUCAGAAAGUGGCCAAGUUGGAAAACAACAUUGAAGGACCUAUAGAUUCCUCUGUUAGCCUCUCUGUACCUGAACCUUCUCCUGUAGCUUCUGAGCCAAAUGAAAGAUCCGAGGUGCCUAGUCAUAGCUCUAAGGUGGAGCCGAUGCAAGUGGUGGAGGCAAAACCUUCUGUUCCUUCACCCGUCCCUUCAGUAGAAGAGUCCAGCUUAAGCAGUGACCUCACUGAAAACAGCAGCAGCAUUGGCGAGACUACUACUGUCGUUACUCAAGUCACCACAACUACAACCACAGUGUCCACAGAGUCCCGCAUGGUGUUGACCUCUCGUGAUAGUCUUGCUUCCAACAACGGGAUCAGUACAUCUGUGCUAAAAGAUUCUAAGGUGGAGUCUAGCAGCUCUGUUUCAACACUCUCCUCUACAACUACCACUACUGUUACCAAGGUUAUGAGCUCAUCCCAGGAAGCCACUCUAACAACAGAGUGCAAGACUACAGUCAUGAAAACACUGACAGAUACCACGUCAAGUCCUAGUGGGUCCACUGUAAAAUCUAUGACAGUAAGUCAUGAAUAUUCCACCAGGGACAGGGUACGACUAUUAAAGUUUUCUCGCACCAAGAAAACGAGGUCCGGAACAGCCUUGCCCUCCUACCGCAAAUUUGUGACCAAGAGUAGCAAAAAGAGUAUCUUUGUGCUUCCCAAUGAUGAGCUGAAGAAGCUUGCAAGGCGUGGUGGCAUCCGUGAAGUUCCAAUCUUUAACUAUAAUGCCAAGCCAGCCCUAGACAUCUGGCCUUACCCAUCCCCUCGACCAACGUUUGGGAUCACAUGGAGGUACCGACUCCAGACGGUUAGGUCAUUGGCUGGAGUGAGCUUAAUGCUACGACUACUUUGGGCCUGCCUCAGAUGGGAUGACAUGUCUGUAAAACCUUCACCCACAGGAGGAACAACACGAACCGAGACAUCCGACACUGACAUCACCACAACUGAGAUCAUUAAGCGGAGAGAUGUUGGUCCUUAUGGCAUUCGUUCAGAGUAUUGCAUCAGGAAGAUCAUUUGUCCCCUUGGUGUGCCUGAGACUCCCAAAGAGACUCCCACACCUCAAAGGAAAGGCCUUCGUUCAAGUGCUUUAAGACCAAAGAAGCCAGAACCAGCUAAGCAAACAGGGCCAGUUGUGAUCGAAACUUGGGUGGCCGAGGAAGACCUUGAACUCUGGGAGAUUCGAGCCUUUACCGAAAGGGUUGAGAGGGAAAAGGCACAGGCGGCUGACCCAACUAAGGUUAGUGUGCAGAAGAAAGCAGAGGAGGUCAAGGCCCAAUUGGAAGCUCAGCUAAAGCAGCAGAGAUUGGCAGCCCAGCAGAAACGGUUAGAACAGCAGAAACCUAGUACCACCAGCAACACAUCCACUUUGACCAGCACCCCUACGACCCCUGGGACCACUACUCAGAAGGUGGUGGUGGGCUCUAUAAGCGGUCAGGUAACUUCGACGCCAAAAGUGGUAAUGACCACCAAGCUGGGCUCUCCGGUGACAUUCCAGCAAAACAAGAACUUCCAGCAGUCCUUUGCUUCCUGGGUCAAGCAGGGCCAACAGGGCAAUUCAGUCUCUACCAGUUCGGUCGUGACUGUGGCGGCGAGUAGCGCCACCACGUCUGGGCAAACGUUCCACAUCGCUGCUGCUCCGGGGUCAAUGGCCGGCAGUGUCAUUGCUGCUAAACUACCUGUUCCAGCCAACAGCAAGAUAGUCACAGUGAACGUGCCAACCACUCAAGGAGGUUUGGUGCAGGUACAGCAAAAGGUGGUGGGCAUCAUUCCAUCAAGCACAGCAGGCAAUGCACAGUCCUUCCCUCCAUUCCAGCCACGCACAGCCACUAUCAACAUCAGACCCAACACAACCACCUCCACGCAGCAGGUCCUGACAACUGGAACCGCCUUGCGACCAGGGAUGACUGUAAUACGUUCUCCCCUGCAGCAGGCCACCACUCUGGGGAAGACUAUCAUUCGCACACCCCUGAUGGUUCAGCAAGGCCAAACACAGCAGCAGGUGCAGACAAGUUCAGGCACUCAGGUGGUGGGCACUCCUCCUCGCCUCCCCACACCAAAUCAACCCCAGACCCCACAGACGCCCGCUUCUCCACGACCACAGCAGGGUCAGGUCAAACUCACACUGGCCCAGCUCACACAGCUCACCCAGGGGGCUCAGGGUGGGAACCAGGGGUUGACUGUAGUGAUCCAGGGACAGGGUCAGACCACAGGCCAGCUGCAGGUCAUUCCUCAAGGGGUGACGGUCAUUCCGGGACCUGGUCAACAGCUCAUGCAGGCAGCUAUGCCCAACGGCCAAGUCCAGCGUUUCCUGUUUACACCCAUGGCCCCUGCACCCACACCUGCCCCUGCACCAGUGUCUGCUCCUGCUGCCCCCAUCAACACAACCCCAUCCAGCGUCCCACCCACAGCUGCUCCCCCUGCGGCCACCAGCACAGCUCCAGCACCCAUUCAGACAGCUGCUCGUCUCGCUCCACAGCCUCAACCUCCACCCUCACUUCCUCCCCCACCAUCUCUGCCUCCAUCCCAGCCAGUCCAGCACACACCUGCCCCAAUCCAAACUGCCGUCAUUCCCAAACCGACUCCACCUAUACAGCCCCACCCACCUGUACAGCUCCGGCCUCAACCACAGCUCCCUCCUCAAAACCCAGUCGUGCCCCCUACACCCGUCCCGACCCCUCAGAUAGCGCAGGUCACAGCCGCUGCUCCUCCACAGCAGAUCACCACCCUCCCCGUCACGCAGACCACCGUCACCAAAGUCCAACCCCAGAUCCAGCUCCCCCCACAGCUCCUCAGCGUCCCCGGCCUCCAGCAGCAGGUCCUGUCACACAUCCAGAGUCAGGUUGCAGCCCAGCUUCAAGCUCAGGUCGGAACCACCGCCGGGAUGCCCCAACAGAUCAAACUGCAGUUGCCCAUUCAGAUCCAGCAGCAGAGUGGAGGGCAGGUUCAAGCGCACCAGAUACAGAAUUUAGUGACCAUCCAGACGGCCAGCGUCCAGGAGCAGCUCCAGCGCAUCCAGCAGCUCUGCGAACAGCAGCAGCAGAAGAAGAAACAGCAGGAGGCUAAGAGAGAACAGGCCCAACAGCACGUCAGUCAGAGCGACCUCAUACAGAAACAGGUUGCUCAGAAGCAGAAUGUGGCUAUAGAGCAGUUAAAGCAGAAGAAAACCAUGACUCCUGCUGAAAGAGAGGAGAACCAGAGGAUGAUUGUCUGUAACCAGGUGAUGAAGUUCAUCCUGGAUAAAAUCGAUAAGGAUGAGAGGCAGGCGGCCAAAAAGAGGAAGCGGGAGGAGUCUGUGGAGCAGAAGCGCAGCAAACAGAACGCCAGCAAACUGUCAGCUCUGCUCUUCAAACACAAAGAGCAGCUCAAAGCUGAUAUCCUGAAGAAAAGAGCUCUGCUGGAUAAAGAACUGCAGCUGCAGGUGCAGGAGGAGUUGAAGCGUGAUCUGAUUAAGCUGCGGCGGGAGAAGGAAAAGGCUCAGGCAGCAGCGGCUCAAGCAGCAGCAGCAGCGGCAGCAGCAGCCGCCAGCACUCAUGUUCACAGCAGUCUGUCCUCGUAUACGGGCACGGUCACGUCACCCACGUCCACACACAAACGCAAGCGGGAAGAGGAGAGAGAUGCCGCCAAGCCCAAACGCAAGAAGAUGAUAUCCACUACCUCAAAGGACAACAAGAGGGACAUCAAGUUGUACUGCAUUUGCAAGACGCCCUACGAUGAAUCCAAGUUCUACAUUGGCUGUGACCUCUGCUCUAACUGGUAUCAUGGCGAGUGUGUUGGCAUCACGGAGAAAGAGGCCAAGAAGAUGGACGACUACAUCUGUUCGGAAUGUAAACGCGCUCAGGAGGGAAACACAGAGGAGCUUUACUGCAUCUGCAGAACUCCAUACGACGAGUCACAGUUCUACAUCGGUUGCGAUCGCUGUCAGAACUGGUACCACGGGCGCUGUGUGGGCAUCUUACAGAGCGAAGCCACACACAUCGAUGAGUAUGUUUGCCCGCAGUGCCAGUCUACUGAGGACGCCAUGACCGUUCUGACGCCACUCACAGAUAAAGACUAUGAGGGGCUGAAGAGAAUCCUGCGCUCCUUACAGUCCCAUAAGAUGGCGUGGCCAUUCUUGGAACCAGUGGAUCCAAAUGAUGCUCCAGAUUAUUAUGGGAUCAUCAAGGAACCGAUGGACCUUUCUACAAUGGAAGAGAGGAUACAGAAACGCUUUUACAGCAAACUCACAGAGUUCGUAGCGGACAUGACCAAAAUCUUCGACAACUGCCGCUACUACAAUCCCAGCGACUCGCCUUUUUACCAGUGUGCGGAGUUCCUGGAGUCCUUCUUUGUACAGAAACUCAAAGCUUUCAAAGCAAGCAGGUCUCAUAACAACAAACUACAGUCAUCAGCCUCAUAGAAUACAACCACAUGCUGUUCUAAAUAAACGUUGAACAUUUAAUUCAAGAUGGAACUCUUUCCCAGUCAGCCAGCAUCGCUCAUAGCCACAGCGUUUGGUGGAAAAUCGGACAGAAAAGCUGUGGGUUUGGAUCAGGAAUGGACGGUUUACAUUUUUGGUUGUUCAAGCAAUGAGUUUUGACUGGGAUGCUGUCCUGGGGGAUUUCUUAACGGAUUAAAUGCCUACAAAAAAAGUUUUUGUGAGUUUUUAAAAACCUUUCGGAAUCACGUUCGCAUUAUCCAGGACAGCAGGAGUCUAUCAUGGGUGCACCCGUUGUUUUGUUGUUUUUUUUUCUCCUCUCUCUUUCAUAAGAUUCAUCAUACUACUUCAGAAGUGGAAUGUGGACGCAAUCGGCUAAUUUGUUUUUAAGCAAUGGGGUAGAACAAGCUACCUAAAAUAAGGAAGCAUUGCUUGCGUUGAGGACUGAUGAAAGUGCUAGUAGAGAAGGUAUCAUGUUUGUAUAACUUGUCUUUUUUUUUUUUUUUUUUUUGUAUUACAACUGAAGAAAUAUUGAUGUAUAUGAAACAAAUAAAUGGAGGGGACGGGAUUCUCUCUUCUACAUUGA